AUGGCCCUGAGGAGCCGGCUGCUGGGCGCCGCAGCGCCGCCCAGCACCACAGCACUGGGCGCAUGCGCAUGCGCGUGCCGCGCCCUCAAGGCCGGCAGCAGCGCAACAGCGGGCACCCUUGCCCCUGGAAGCAGUGGAUUGGGCGGACUCAUCUGCAGCAUGGCCAAUAGCAGCAGCAGCAGCAGCAGCGGCAGCAGCAGCAGCGGCGGUGCCCUCACCCACAACAGGCUGGUGCGGACAAGCGCUCAAAAGGCAGCAGGGGGCAGCACGCCAGUCAAGGAGGUCCCAGUGGUUGACUCGCUGACGUGGUCAAAGCCCCUCGGCAUCAUCAAGUACCCCGACCCGCGGCUGCGCGCGGUCAACGCGCGAAUCGGGGCCGUGGACCAGCAGCAGCUGCUGCAGCUGGCGGCGGAAAUGUUCGAACUGAUGUACCAGGACGACGGUGUCGGCCUGGCGGCGCCGCAGGUCGGCGUCAAUGUUCGCUUGAUGGUUUUCAACGAGCUCGGCCCCGAGGCCCGCGGCGGCCCGACUGAGACGAUCCUGGUCAACCCAGAGAUCGUGGGGCGCAGCAAGAAGCUUGAGGUGGACGAGGAGGGCUGCCUGUCGUUCCCCAAGAUCUACGCCGAUGUGGAGCGCCAUGAGCGCAUCGAGGUGCGGUAUUAUGACGUCGCCGGCCAGCUGCAGGAGAAGACACUCAAGGGCUGGGUGGCGCGCAUCUUUCAGCACGAGUUCGAUCACCUGCAGGGCAUCCUGUACCAUGACCGGAUGAAGGCAUCAGAGCUUGCAAAGGUGAAGGACAGGAUCGUACUGCUAGAGGAGACCUUCCUGGCAGCAAACCCCGGCGCGGCGGCCGCGGUGCGGCGGCUGGGCGCGGACGCGGGCCGCGCGGCCGGCGGCGGCGCCAAGGGGUUUGGCGCGGCCAGCAAGGGGUUCGGCGCACCGCGGCGGUGA